AUGGAUCAAUAUUUAUGUACUUUCUCAUCCUGCAAAAACAGGGCUAAGUAUAGCUGCGACUGCAACUCAGCUCCAUUUUGCAAGAAUCAUGUAUCAGAGCAUAAGAAAUUACCCAAAAAGCCUCAUUCGAUUGAGCCACUAUUUACCUUGCCAAACCCAGAAACAAAGAAUACUCUUCUUAUAGAAACUAAUUAUGUUCUUGAACAGUUAAGAAAUAACAACAAAAAGCUCAUUGAGUAUGUUUCACGAAUAUUUGCAGCUUUCGAAAAUAUACUAGAAAAAAGCAUUAUAGACGCAGAGCACAAUAUCAAUAAAAUUUUAACAAAUAUCACGAAUACCACAAAGCUGUGUAAGUUAGAAAAAGAUCGUUAUUUACAAUGCUUAAAUUUAGACCCUCUUGAUGCUUUGGAUAUCUUUAGAUGAUUUAUAGAGCAUGAUCUCGAAGUGAGAGCAUCUGAAAUUAAAAAUGCAAUGGAAGAAAUUAUGGCAAUCGCAGAAGAGUUAAGUAAUUACCUAUGUGAAAAUAUUAAUACAUUUUGGGAUUCAAGUAGACAAACUUUGCUAUCUAAAGAUAAAAAAACACUUUUAAGUGAAGGUAAACAAUCGAAAGAAGAAUUUUCAGGUUAUUCAAAGCCUAGCCAAAAAAGUCAGGAUCCGUCUUUGAGUAAUAUAAUUGAUGAGGCAAUUAACCUUAUAGAAUUAGAAGAGCAAUCUGGAAAAUUGCCAGAAAAACUUCAAAACAAGCCACAAAUUCCAGGAACUCUUAGCAAAGUAGCUCAAUGUUGAGUCUGCUCACAAUGAAAGGCUUCCGAUGAAUAUACUAUUAAAUGCCAAGGACAUGAUGUUUGUAAUAGAUGCAGAAUUAAAAACCUAGAAUAUUGUUUAAUUUGCAAAAUAUUUUAUUCAGACCAUGAGAAUAUAAUAAAAUAUGGGCAUAGCCCUUAG